GGAAAAAACGCGUUUGGUCCUCAGUGUGCUGCAGGAUGAUUCAUUUAAACCGGUUCCAGCUGAUACAAACUGGACUUCAAAGACCUGCAACGACCUGCUGAGGAGAUCCAAACAAUCAGUUCCAGUCACUCAAUUUAUGUGAAAGUGAAUGAAGUAAACAAUGUCAGACAUAACGAUCAACACCACGUGCUCCUCUGAUGACACCUUGGUCAGAAGAGUUCAGACAGGAAACCGAAAGAGGAAAAACAAGUGGUUCCUCAAGAAGAUGCGGCACUUGGAGAGCAAUGGCUACCUGGAGGACACACACCAGUACAACCAGCGAGCGGGAGAGUCCACACACCACCAGACUCCACGCCAGAACGGAGCGUUCACCAAGCAUCCGUCGCUUCCCGCCUCCACGCAAAAUAAAAGGUUACCUCACGCAAACGCAGCCGCAGCCUCAGCAGCAGUCGGAGCCUCUCACUGUAGCUCCAAGCCUUCAGGGUCCACACACAGCCUGCCUCCCCUGACUGUCACUGUGACCAACCAAGGCGGCAAUGGAAAGCUAAAAGGACCUGAGAGCGCACGAUCAGUAACCAACUCCCCCAGCACCUCAGUAGCAAGCUGCCAUAAACCCACCAACGCCGCCGCCGGCAGCCAAUCAUCAGCAGGCCACCCCACCAAGUACGUGGCUGUGGACUGUGAGAUGGUGGGCACGGGUCCUAAAGGGCGCAACAGCCAGCUGGCACGCUGCAGUAUCGUGUCCUACGAGGGAGACGUGGUUUACGAUAAAUUCAUCAACCCCUCCGUGCCUGUCACCGACUACCGCACCCGCUGGAGCGGCAUCCGGCGCAGAGACCUGGAGAGGGCAACACCGUACCCCGAGGCCAGGAAGGAGAUCCUGAAGCUGCUCAUGGGGAAGGUGGUGAUUGGUCACGCCAUCCACAACGACUUCAAGGUGCUCGGUUACUCUCACCCGGCCGUCUUGACCAGAGACACGUCUCGGAUCCCGCUGCUCAACCGGAGAGCCGGCUUCGCUGAAAACGAGUGCGCGUCGCUGAAGAGACUCACCAAGGCCAUUUUUAACCGUGACAUCCAGACCGGGAGGAAGGGCCACUCUUCUGUGGAGGACGCCAAAGCCACCAUGGAGCUGUACAGAGUGGUGGAGGCGGAGUGGGAGAGGACGCUCGCCUCUAAAUCACAGGCCAGUUAGUGCCACAUUUCUGGAAAUAAACAGGUUUUUAUAAAUGGACGCUUGGUGUGGCAGGUAUGUGGUUUGGACUGCCCAGUUUUUAAGGGUCCAACCCCUUCUUUUCUUUUCUUUUUUUUUUACUUUCCUGUUGAUAUGUGAAUGAAGAUACCUGCUACCAGCUGCCUGCAUUAAUACUGAAGAAGAACACAGAUCCAUUGGUGCAGUUUUCAUUCAUUCUCAGGGUUUGUGUUUUCAAUGGUGCUGCUGCCACUAGGGGGCAGUCAUGUUCUCAUUCCAGCAACACAUCUCCUGUAAUCUCACACACGCAGGAAAUAAACAGAGAGAGAAGUGUUGUUGAUCAGAGCUGUAGGAGUCAUGUUUACACCACCGUGGUGUAUUUUCAUUUAUUUGCAAUGUAAAAAAAAAAGUUUUUAGAAAGUCUGACCAAAUUUCCACUACAGGAGCUCAGUCAUGUGUCAGUUUUCGGUGCAGGUUUUUUGUUGUUUUGAGUAAAACAUGCUGUCAUAUUGUUCAACGUUUUGCCUCAUGUAGUCAAAAGACAAGUUUGUUUGUUCAUGUAGAAACAAAAAAGUUUGUAUAGUGUUGAAAACUGGUGCCUUUGGAAAAAAUGAAUUAUGAUGUUCAGCACUGUGCAGAAGUUUUAGGCACUGAAUAGUAACAUUGGGAUGCCAUCAGUAGUUGUUUUUUAUCAAUGAACUUGAUAAAAAGUUAAACACUAGACCUGCACACAGUUUUCAGGUACUCGGCAGGUCAGAGUCACCACAGUUCUUCUUCUUCUGUGGAUUUGGUCGUCUCAGCUGCUUCUGUCUCUUCAUGUUAAUCCCAGACUGAUUCUGGUUGGGCCCAAAAACCAUCUGCUGCAGGACUCCUCGUUCUUCUUGUUACUUAAGAUCGUUCUCUGUGACUGCAGAAUGACUUUGCGACGAUCAGACGCCUCUCUGAUGGUGUUACAUUACAGAUACAUUGCCUAAAACCUUUGCACAGUGUUGUAAUAGAUUAGAAAAGGCCAUAUACGCCACAAGAACUAUAAUUGAGUGGGUUGCCAAAAUGUUCUGCUUUUAAAAUGAUUUAAAAAAAAGUUACACAUGGUAACAGAUUUCUAAAUAAUCCAAACAUGACCUCAGGGUCCUGACAAAAACCCACCAGCGUCACGUUGUUUAUCUGACCUCUUUGCAAACGAUGAAUUUAAAUCUGCCUUGGUUUUUUUUUGGGUGGGGGGGGAUUUAAAAGUCUUUCGUUCCAGAGUUCAUACAGUUUGCUAUGCAAUGUCAGAUGAGUUCAGUUGUCUGCCUUCAGCUCUG